AUGGCGCCACACAGUAACGAUGCCCCUUCACCCGUGAGAGAGUUCUCAACAGAUUUUAACAUGUCUUUCCACCCUCCAAUAAAUUCUGUCUUGCUAGACCCGAGCAAAGAUAACAGCAUAUAUUCUGUGAACGAAUCCUCAUACAGUUCGUCUUACAGUAGUGACUCAACAGAAGCCGACGAUCACAUGGCUCGUCCUCUAGUUCCUGGCGUUUACGUUCCCACAGUUUGCUUCUUCGACCCGACCACGGAAGAACUCGAUACGAAAACUAUCUCUAGUCAUGCAAUUCGUCUCGCGAAAGCUGGAGUCAAUGGCCUAGCCACUCAAGGCUCCAACGGUGAAGCUGUCAAUCUCACCCACGCAGAACGUCAGACUGUUACGGCAACAACUCGUGCCGCACUCACCUCGGCUGGGUUUCUACAUCUUCCUAUCAUAGUCGGUUGUGGCGCACAAUCUGUCCGAGAAACGGUGCAAUAUUGCCGAGAAGCCUUCGCGGCUGGGGGAGAUUACGCACUUAUUCUACCGCCUUCGUAUUAUGCACCUCUGUUUUUGCCUUCCUCUGCUUCCGUACUCGAGUUUUUCACGACUGUAGCAGACCAAUCUCCUAUUCCAUUAUUAAUUUACAACUAUCCGGGAGCUGUCUCCGGCAUGGACCUCUCGUCAGAUGUUAUCAUCAAAUUAUCAGCUCAUCCCAACAUCGUGGGUGUGAAGCUGACCUGUGGCAAUACUGGCAAAUUGAAUCGAAUCGUGGCAGCCACAAGGACUUCCAAGCCACACUCCCCCGCAUCUCCGCCAUUCUUGGUCCUUGGAGGUAGUGCCGAUUUUACCCUACAAAGUCUGAUUGGGGGCGGUCAUGGGAUCCUCGCGGGAUUGGCAAAUAUUGCUCCGAAAACUUGCAUCGAAAUGACUAAAUUAUACCAUGAAGGAAAAAUCAAGGAAGCCCAAAAACUUCAGGAAGUCGUUGCUCAAGGUGAUUGGGCCGCUAUCCAGGGAGGUAUUGUGAGCACUAAGGCUGGUAUGGAGAGUUGGUUUGGCUAUGGAGGAUAUGGUCGUGCACCGUUACCACAUCCCACUAGUGAUGAGAUGACGAAGUGGAAAGAAGGCUUUCGAGAAUUGGUUACUUUGGAGAAAAGCCUUUAG